UAGCCUAACACGAUAUUAAUAGCCCUUAAAACAUUUUGCCACACACUUAAAAAUGAGCACCGACAACUAAUCGGUGGAGAUUAACGUUUAUCGAAUAAUCUACACAUGUAACCAUUUUAGACAUCGAUAAACUUCUGAACUAUUGUCCGCCCCACUCACCCAACCUCCUAUUCAAAAGAGAAACAAAUUCGUCGCAAGUCCCUGAGUCAAUCAUUCAUUCCAACAAUCAUGACCAGUGUAUUGUCCUUUCGUUGAUCUCCUCUUAUCUGUUCGCCUUGUAUCCGCCCGUUUUAUCGCAUCAUGUCCCAAGAUUUUGGAUCCGGAUCGUCUUCGUCCGGCGGAAUCCAUGAGCGAAUUGGACCUUCUUCCAAAUAUGAGCGAUGUCGGAUCUUGGGAUCAGGCACCUUUGGCGAAGCUUGGCUCGUUCGUUCCAUUCAAAGCAACCGUCAGUAUGUGGUGAAAGAGCUCAAAAUGACCUCGGACAGUUCGGAUAAGGACAGAAAUGCUGCCUUUAAUGAGGUGCAUAUCAUUCAGAGAUGCUCCCACGUGAAUAUCAUCCGAUACAAAGAGUUUUACACGUCCCUCAGUGCCUCUGGCGUACCUCUCAUCAGUAUCGUGAUGGAGUACGCCGAUGGUGGCGAUCUGGGUCAACUCAUCAAGAAACAUCGCCUUGAAAAGCAGUUCUUGGAAGAAGGGUGCGUCAAAAACUACCUCGUACAAAUCACGUUUGCUCUUCAUUAUCUCCACAAAAAUAAUAUCUUGCAUCGGGACCUCAAAACGCAGAAUAUCUUUCUUACCUCGACCAAACUCAUCAAAGUGGGGGAUUUUGGCAUCUCCAAAACUCUCAGCCAUGAAAACGACUUUGCUUCCACCGGACUUGGCACGCCCCAGUAUUUGUCUCCGGAGAUUUGUUGUUCAAAACCGUACGACUAUAAAUCAGACAUGUGGGCUUUGGGCUGUGUCCUAUACGAAAUGUGCGCUCUGGCGCCGGCUUUUCCAGGUCAAGACCUGGCACGAAUGGUCGUUUACAUCACCCGAGCUUCGUACAAGCCCAUUCCCAACCAUUAUUCAAUUAACAUGGCAGAAUUAGUUAAGGUUCUCCUUCGACCUGAACCAGGAAGGAGGCCUUCAGCCAAACAGUUACUGGACUCGAAAGUGUUGCAAUCUGAUAUUCAAAAGUAUAUGGCCUAUAUCAAUAGUUUGCCGGAGCAAUUCCGCAAGAAUUCGAAUGGAUCCGUGAGUUCCUCCGAUAUGCCCGCAUUUCAAAUGGAUCACCUCGAAACCGCCGUGUAAACGCGUUGCUCAUGAAACAGUUUUUCCCCCUUCCCUAGUAAUCAAUUAGUUUCCCCUGUCUACUCACGUGUCAAAACUUCCAAGCGAACACGCAAUGAUUCCUUAUCGAUAGUUUCAAUCAAAUAUAAUGAUGCUUCAGUAAAAUACAGAUCGUGCACCAAUGAAA